UAUAAUAUAAAUAGACACAUAUCAACACACGAGCCACUAAUUUGAGUCGAGCUUAUCUUUUGCAGAGUCUUGUUUUGUUGUGAUCUCAAAGUUGUCAUGGCAGAAGACCAACGCCGGAUUCUGGUGGCGGUUGAUGAAGGCGAGGAGAGCAUGUACGCUCUCUCAUGGUGCCUCAAGAACCUCGUUUUCCAAAAUUCCAAAGACACCCUUAUUCUCCUCUACGUCAAGGCCCCUCGUGUCGUUUUUUCUGCCUUCGAUGGCACAGGGUACUUGUUUUCCUCUGACAUAGCGGCAACCAUGGAGAGGUAUGGCCAACAAGUUGCUGAUGCUGUCUUGGAGAAAGCCAAGAAACUGUGUAACCAUGUUGAAAAUUUGGAGACGAGGGUAGAGAGUGGUGAUCCAAGAGACGUGAUCUGUCAAAUGGUUCAAAAGUUGGGUGUUGAUGUUUUAGUGAUGGGAAGCCAUGGUUAUGGUCUCAUUAAGAGGGCUUUCCUUGGAAGCGUUAGCAAUCACUGUGCACAGAACGUGAAGUGCCCGGUUUUGAUUGUGAAGAAGCCAAAACCAAGCGCCGGAGACAUAUAAUAGUGAUAAUAAUAAUCAUCUAAUCUUUAGUGGCUUUGUUUUUUCUGUAAAUAGUGUACUUUGGCUAUGUUUCAUUUGGGUUGUGUGUUUUAUUUGUUCCUCCUCGAAAGGAAUAUAUAUUUCGGCAAAUAUUAAACGUUAAAGGCUAAAGUAAUAGAUGAGUAUCCCUGUUUUUGUGAUUCUCA